GCAGAAUUUGACGAAUUGCGCGCAAAGUGUGGUAAUCUAGUGCAGGACAUGCGGUGUGAUGAACCUCUGCAACGAUGCAACAUUUCGGCUGUCGUUUUGCGAAUGAGAAGUCUGCUGGAGCUGGCAAACCAAGGUGAAGACAAUCAAAACGAGGUUGUUUCUGCUAGCGGAAUUCUCUCAAAGCUGCAAGAUGUGCAAGUAUCCGUGAACGCAUCCCCGGAUGCUCUGUACCGUGAACUAUAUGUUGACCUCGAAACUGUGUGUCAGCGUUUAUUCAGCUCGAGCAACCCGAUCACUGCUCACCUACGAAGAAGCCAUCUUUGUGCUUGAAACCAUUCAAGGAGCGAUUGAGCAGCAAAACUCGUACAACAACUCCAUUCAACGUCUUUCAUCAAGUUGCGCGAGCGAUCUUUCGGUCGAUUUCUUUCGGAAGCAGAUGGAAUGUUUAAUGAGUUUGGUCGACGCUCCUGCAGAUUUGUAUUGUGAAAUAGAGAAACGUUGGUCGAACCUUCGCAAACAGAGGGCCGAUCUAUUCGUAUCCGAGAUCGGCAACACGCUUACACUGCUUCACCCAACUGAGUCUGACGACGAUAUGUUGGCAUUACUACACCGAGAGCUCCAGAAUACAAGCUACUCGGAGGCGCAGCACCUGAUUAUCCAAAAAGCGUACAACAAGGCUUGCUCGACACAUCAUGGAUCCACCAUUGAAUCACUUCCUGAGUGGUUUAUUAAGUGGUAUGAACUGGAGGAUGAGGUCAUGUUUGCUCGCGGUGGAUUCGGUGAGGUGUCAAGAGCUAAAUGGCUCAACUCGGAUGUUAUUGUGAAGCGAGUCGUUAUGGAGGGCAGACAUGACCAAAAGUUAAUGUUCCAGCGUGAAAUUGAAUUAUGGUUUGGGCGGAAUCACCCUCACGUGGUGAAGCUCUUUGGUGGUUGCCACAUUGGAGCACCGUUUUUUGUCUGCGAAGAAGCGAAGAACGGGUCGCUAGACAAGUUUUUACACGCCCACCCCUCCGAGGUAUGGCAAAAGCUGUGCGAAGCAGCUCUAGGCCUGGAGUAUUUACACGCGCGUGGUAUCGUUCACAGAGACUUGAAGUGUGACAACAUCCUCGUAAACUUCGAUGGCGAUGCAAAACUGACAGAUUUUGGCUUGAGUGCACCUGAAAGCGCUGAAGAUCAAGGCGAGCGAUCAGGCGCCGUCCGCUGGGUAGCUCCAGAGUGUUUGGCCGGAGAGCAAGCGUCCUAUUAUACGCCUCGGACGUGUUUUCCUUUGGGAUGUGCAUUGUUCAAGCUGUGAGUGGGAAACUACCGUGGGGUAACCAACUUGAUAAUACGGUAGUGAAGCAUCGUGUGAGAAGUGGCGAGUUACCUCGGCGCCCGCUUGAAUUCUCUGACGAUCAUUGGCAACUGGUGGAGAGCAUGUGCAAGUUUGACCCGAACGAAAGAAUGCACUUGCUUGUCGUUGU